UUUCAACAUCCCGGAAGAAUGACGAAUAUGAACAAUAAGUGCACAGCGUCUGACAAAUCCGCUCCUGUUCAGACCCUGAUAGACUCAUCUUUCUCCGCUCUCUGUUUCUGUCUCGCCCAACAAAAACUUCGCAGAGACUAUUAGAAAAAAAAAAUGAAUGUAUUUUACUGCCACGGGCUCAGUAAAAACACGAUUGUCUUGGUUUUCGUGUUGAGCGCCGCUCGUUGCUGUCAAACGUUUAACUUGGAUGUGAGGUUUGCAGUCGUCAAAGAGGGAAACGCAGGCAGUUUGUUUGGACUUUCUGUUGCACUUCACGAGCAGGUCGUAGGAGAGAAGAGACACCUACUUCUUGUAGGAGCACCGAAGGAGAAAGCAGAGUCUGGCCUGUCAGCCAAUGAGACUGGAGACGUAUAUGCCUGUCAAAUCACUGCAGAGAGCAAAGACUGCAAAAGACUGAAUCUGCUCAACUCAAAUCCUGAAGAUAAACCAGACCCUAAAAAUUAUGUAAUAGAUGGGAUGUGGCUUGGUGUGUCGAUAGCCAGUCAGAGUCAACCAGGGGGCCGUGUACUGGCGUGUGGCCAUCGUUAUAUACGGAACUUCGCAACCAACUUUCGCAUGAUUGGGAAGUGCUUUGUUCGUGGAAAUAAUUUAGAGUAUAACAAAACAGACUCUCAGUGGCAGUCGUACGAUGAGGUGUGUGACCCCAGAGAAGAUCAGAAUACUGAAGGAAUGUGUCUUGCUGGAAUGUCUGCUGCUGUCACUCAGAUGAAGAUCUUCCUCGGUGCACCUGGAUGCUUCAACUGGCAAGGAAAUACAUAUUCACAGUGGCAUAACCCGGAUGACGAGUUUGAUAAAGUGAGGAGCAAGCUUCAAGACAUGAAAAAAGGGAAUAUUUACAUUGGUUACUCUAUAGCUGUGGAUCGAGAUGUACUAAGCAAAGACAAAGACACAGUGGUAACAGGAGCUCCAAGAGACGAAGCCAGAGGAUCUGUGAUGAUGGCUGAAUUUUUUAAUAAUGGUGACAAUGGAGAAGUCAAAAUAAGUAUCAUGGGGGAACAAGUAGGAUCCUAUUUUGGCAACAGUGUUGCUGUUGUGGACCUUAACAAUGAUGGCUGGAAGGAUCUGAUUGUUGGAGCCCCUUUCUAUUUUGACCGGAAAAAAGAUGAAGGUGGUGCAGUCUAUGUCUAUAUGAACCAGAACGGGUCUUUUCGUAACACAUCUGACGUGGUCCGACGACUCACUGGGCCUAAGGACUCUGCUUUUGGCAUGGCUGUUGUUGCUAUUGGUGAUGUGAACCAGGACGGCUUCCAAGAUUUUGCUGUUGGUGCUCCAUAUCAUAGUACAGGCAGCGUUUCUAUAUGGAUGGGUAGCAAAGUGGGUAUUUCCCAAAAGCCAAGUCAGGUCAUUGAUGGAAAAGACAUCUCAGGUGGUGGAUUUCAGACAUUUGGUUAUUCCAUCAGUGGUGGCAUGGAUGUGGACAGAAACAGUUACCCAGACAUAGCGGUCGGAUCAUUAGAUGAUCGUGUGGUCUUGCUUAGGGCACGCCCCGUGAUUCACCUAAAGAAUACUUUCACUGUGACACCAGCAGUUAUCAACCCUCAAACCUGUGAUGCCUGUAUUGAAGCAAAGAUCUGUUUCUCCUACACAUUCAGCACUGGCACUACCAAUUCCCAGAAGAGUAUUACUUUUCAAUAUACGGUGGAAGCCGAUCAGAUCUCUCGGAACACUCGUGUUCGUUUCCUUGACAACAAAGAGGGCAGAUACACUGGAGUUAAUCCGUCUGGAGAUUGUCGUUCUCUGAAACUCGAGCUGUUCAAUACGAUCCAAGACAAGGUGGUGCCGAUAGUUUUCUUGCUGAACGUGUCUUUGGAGGAGCCUCUUCCCUCAGGCGGACCGACGUUGGAGGACCUCAAUGCUUUUCCUGUGAUCAGCCAAAGAGAUGCUCUGACUGCCAGAGCUGAGAUCCACAUACAAAAAGAAUGUGGAGUAGAUAACAAAUGUGAGAGCAACCUUCAGAUGACGGCUACAUUUACAGAUGAGCAGAACACACCGUUCCCCAUGCGGAACGGCCUUCAGAUUUUUCACUACACUACCGACGUAAAGAAGCUGAAGUUAAUGGUGAAUGUGUUCAACAUUGAAUCACAGGACAGGAAAGCAGAAGAUGCUUACAGUGCUCUUCUAAAUGUCACCAUUCCCUCUUCACUCAGCUUCUCCAGCCUGAAUCCCAAGAACUUGAAUGUUGACUUUUCUUCCGGGGUUUAUCUUCUGUGUACGCUGGGAGACCCCUUUCAAAGAAAUCAGAGAGUCGAGAUUGAGAUCACCUUUGAAACUACAGGAAUCACAAUAGACAUGCAGGAGAUUCAGACUGAACUGCAGCUCUCAACGCAGAGCGAUCAGAAUGAUCUACGGCCCCUGCCGAGAGUGCUAAUGGUGGAGUACGUCCUACAGCCCAUCUUUAACAUCCCUAUCUUCAACCUUAAGACAGAAUUCAGUGGCAAUGUAAUAGGAGAAUCAGCCAUGAAAAGUACCAGUGAUAUUGGAAGCCCAGUGGAAUUCAACUUCACGGUGGACCUUUCUGGUAAACCUCUGGGAAAUCUGGGGUUUCUGGAAGUGAUCUUUCAGUGGCCUUAUGCCUUGAAUAAUCAGAAGUGGCUGCUUUACCUGUCAGAGAUUCAGAUGACAGGAACGUCCAAGCCCUUCUGUGUUCCUGAAAAUAACAUCGUAAACCCCCGUAAUCUCACAGUGUCAGAGCGCAAGUCUGGGAGGAGGAAAAGAGAUGUGGACUCCUUGAAGUCUAAACAGACUCAACCGCAGGCCUCACCGAACCUGCAGGCCGUCCAGGGGAAACAGCAUGUCAACCUUGACUGUACCAAGGGAUCUGCCCUCUGUCAGACAUUCACCUGCCCCUUACUUGGCAUGAACACCUCGGCCAAAAUCAUUGUCAGAGCGCGCCUAUGGAACGGCACAAUGCUUGAGGAAUACAAUGCUGUAAGAGUACGUGUGUUUGGUAGUGCCACACUGAGUCUAAAAACAGACAAACAAACCAUCAAGAUGAGCAAUUACACCCGUGAGUUUACAGUAGAUAUAGACCCUGCAGGGUCAGAAGAGCUUCCGUAUGAAAUGCCUCUGUGGAUAAUCAUUGUGUCUGUACUGGCUGGAGUGAUUCUGCUGGGCCUGAUUGUCAUUUUUCUGUGGAAGUGUGGUUUCUUCAAGAGAGCCAACACCAGAGAGCUUUAUGAGGCCAAGGCCCAGAAAGCAGAAAUGAAAACACAGCCAUCAGAAAAUGACCGCCUUACAGAGGAGGACUGAGAUUCCCUGGCCUUUGUGGGCCUCUGACACAAAUAGCAAGUUUAGUGGCUUUUUUAAGCGGGCUGCCUAUUU